AAGCGAUUUAGGAUUGAGCUAAACAAACGGCUCAGUGACUACGUGACGCUGGUAACAGAAAUAUAGGAAGGGAAAACCAUUGUAGACAGUGCGAAAAUUUGAACCUUCAACUAUUGCAAGAACAAUUGAAGUUACAAAAUGUACAGACUAUUUGGAAAGAGAGCGCUAAGUCAGUUGCUGAAAGAAACGCAGAAUGGACGGACGCGUUUUGCAUCCAACUUAGCUGCAUUCGGAGUUAAGGAGAAACAAACAACCUCACCUGAGAUUCUUGCUGGAGGUGUCAUUGCUCGUCCCCGUAUUGUUGAUAUCGAAAAACGUUGGUCAAAGAUGCCCAAAGAUGAACAGGAUUCUAUCAUUGCUGACUUGGAGGAACGCCAGAAGAAGCCUUGGGAUGACCUAACACUUGAAGAGAAACGAGCCGCCUACUGGAUCGCCUUUGGUAACUAUGGUCCCAGGGAGCAACGUCCUAUAAACCAGAAAACAGUAUUCUUCGGCACCAUGGGUGGUAUCGUGGCUGGCCUAUUGUUGUUUGCACUUGCUCGUAGUCAAGCAUCACCGACUCCCCGUACGAUGACAAAAGAAUGGCAAGAAAAGUCGAAUGAAUACAUGAAGGAAAACAAAAUCAACCCAAUUAGCGGCGCUGGUAGCGAAAAUUACAAGGGGCGCGGUGCUGUUUCGGGCGGUCUUUUCUCUCCGCGCGAAAAAGACAAGAAGUAAAACGAUAGGCCCACGAACCCAUCAAUGCCCUGUCGUUUCCAUUGCUUUCGUUUAUGAUUUAAGUUAGGAUGCAUGCCUUUCUUAGGACCAAGACAAUGACAUAGCUAAUGAAUGACAAUGAUUUAAUUCACGAGCCGUGUGCUCAAAAGCGGGAUACUUGUUAAAGGAUUAUUUCAUGACAUUGAACAACACGAAAUAUUCAUUUGAAACCCAGAAACCAAUAGAUGUGUUUGUAUAGUUUAAAAGAGCUUUCACGCACUCAUGCAAUGUUUACCAUAAUAAGUUUGAUUCACGGACUUAAAGAAUGAAAAAUGCAUAGAAUAUGAUCAUUAACAAUGAGAAGGAAAUGGGAG